GUGGCGUACGGCGGACAUCGAAUACCCUAACACCCGGCUCCUGUUGUUAUAAAAUCUGCAAUUAUGAUGAUGGAGAAGAAAAAAAACCUGUUUCUUUUCCGAAACCUGUAAUGACAAGAUAAUACUUCGGAUAGUGAAAUAAUUAGGACAAAUACGAGUUAAAUUGUGACGUAUUUGGGAACAUUUUUCGUUCUGUUUUGAGACGCUUUCCUGCCUUGAUAGAUGAUCAAUGAAGUCGGUCAUUUGGGGAUUCAAUACGAAACUAUUUUCUUACCUUAGUUUGACAUUUUACAAACACCACCCCCCUUUCUAUUCCUACAUCAAUAGGCCGAAGAAGACACAUUGUAGCCUAGUACAAUAACCCGUCUAAACGGAAACACUCCUGCAGAUACAGCGUCUCAACUUGGAUCACUAAAUAUGAUUGGACUGAAGUACAACAUGUCUCUACCCAUGGCUGCAGGGGCAUUGUUAGUGGGCAUCCCCUACUCCAUCUCUCUCGUAGCUCAGUGGAUGUAUGGCUGGCCUAACAAGCCAGGCUAUAAAAAGUACAUUGAGGCUCUGAAGCCAAGGAGGAUAUACUGUCUGACUAGAGCUGUGCUGGAGAUGCUGAAAUACUUCCAGUACGGCAAACUCUACUUCCAGUGGAAGUCCUGGUACAAGAAUGUAGAAAACCACAAGCAUUAUGAAAAGGGAAUCACGUUUGGGCGUCGUAGUAACAAGCUGGAUUUGUAUUAUUCUCCCACGGUGGGCCAGCCAGGCAGUGGACCGGUGCCUGUGGUAGUGUUUAUAUACGGGGGAGCCUGGGGUUCAGGGGAGAGGUCCAUAUACUGUCUACUGGCCAUGCAGAUGGCUAAGGAGCUCAGCGCAACGGUGAUCUGUCCAGACUAUUGCACCUACCCAAAGGGUAAUGUUUUGUGUAUGGUUCAAGAUAUUGCGGACUGUCUCAUUUGGGCGAGGGACAGCGGCCAUAGAUUCAAUUUCGACAAAGAUAACAUUGUGUUAGUCGGCCACUCCGCUGGGGCUCACCUAGCAGCUCUAACCGUGUUGUUCAUGGUCGAGGGACGAGACGAGCUCUUUAUAGAAGCCAAGAAGCAGACAGAGAUCACCAUGGCAAUCAGAGGAGUUACAGGUUUGAGUGGAGUGUACAACAUCGUGGACCACUAUGAACAUGAACAGAUGAGAGCUGUGGAGUAUGUCUCUACGAUGCACAAAGCCAUGAACGGACUAGAGAACUUCCCUUAUUACUCACCAACACACCUACUGAAGAAAUUCAGCGAGGCACAACUGAAAAGAGUUCCACCUUUCUGCUUACUCCACGGGACCAACGACAUCAUAGUUCCGGUGGAAUCUUCCCAGAGGUUCUCUGAGCUGCUCACGGCCCUGUCAAUCAAGGUGUCCCUGUACCUCAUGCCUAAAAUGGACCACACCGAGAUAGUCACCGAUCUCAUGGCGACAGACAGGCACUUCUACAAAACAGUGUACAGCUGCAUCAAACAGGAGUACAGCAAGUUCAUAGGCCAGGUCUGUGACUGCUGAACGAAACAACUAACACAAUACAUUAUUCAUUCAUGAUGUGCCGUAAUUCUUCUUGUUUACAUAUAUAUUUUUUCAGUUAAUUAUUAUGAUGAUACCUCGAAUUUACAAGAUUUAGACUUUUCGACAAAAAUAAAAAAUAGUUUUAGCUCUCUGUUUUAAAUCUCAAUGAUGCUUUCUGUGGUGUGUGUUUCAUAAUGGUUCCAUGAUUGUAAACAAGACUGAAUUAUAUUUUAAUACAAUAAUUCCUGAUCUUUACACAUCAGAUUAUUUUUCAGAGCUGAUAUGAUUGGUCAAAAGAUUAGCCGGUAGAAAGAUCAGAAUUGGACUUUCAAUUCAAUUCAAUUCAAUUCAAUUCAAUUCAAGGGGCUUUAUUGGCAUGGGAAACAUGUGUUAACAUUGCCAAAGCAAGUGAGGUAGAUAAUAUAUAAAGUUAAUCUCUCUCUGUCUAAACAAAUCCCAUGUGUGUCAGACUUCAAAUGCACAUGCCAAAUAAUCGUGCCAGAUUUUUCGCCUUUAGUUCCAUUGUACCAGGCCAACUAAAUCAACUAAAUCAAGUAUUGGAUAUGUAUUUGACCAAAUCUGGUGCGUAUAGAACACUGUAUGAAAUAUCCCAAGGUCCAAUAUAUUCACUGUGCUUCUGCCUCUGCAUUGUUUGUUCAUUGAGGGUUAUAGGCUGGGUAUCUGUAAAGCUAUUGAGGGUUAUAGGCUGGGUAUCUGUAAAGCUAUUGAGGGUUAUAGGCUGGGUAUCUGUAAAGCUAUUGAGGGUUAUAGGCUGGGUAUCUGUAAAGCUAUUGAGGGUUAUAGGCUGGGUAUCUGUAAAGCUAUUGAGGGUUAUAGGCUGGGUAUCUGUAAAGCUAUUGAGGGUUAUAGGCUGGGUAUCUGUAAAGCUAUUGAGGGUUAUAGGCUGGGUAUCUGUAAAGCUAUUGAGAGUUAUAGGCUGGGUAUCUGUAAAGCUAAUGAGGGUUAUAGGCUGGGUAUCUGUAAAGCUAUUGAGAGUUAUAGGCUGGGUAUCUGUAAAGCUAUUGAGAGUUAUAGGCUGGGUAUCUGUAAAGCUAUUGGGAGUUAUAGGCUGGGUAUCUGUUAACCACUUUGUGACAACUGCUGAUGUAAAAAAAAGAAAGAAAGAAAGAAAGAAGGGCUUUAUAAAAACACAUUUGAUUGAUUUAUUGAUCCAGCAGGAACCUUUUAUAUAGUGUUAGUGUAAACUCCUACUCCGACAGAGUAAUAUGGGCUAGUAUUCAGCAAAGCAUUGACAACAUUCCCGUGUGGAUUAAGACGCCACAUCCUAAAUUGCACCCUAUUCCCUACAUAGUGCACUACUUUUGACCAGAGCCCUAUGGCACCCUAUUCCCUACAUAGUGCACUAAUUUUGACCAGAGCCCUAUGGCACCAUAUUCCCAACAUAGAGCUCUAGUCAAAAGUAGUGCACUAUGGCACCCUAUUCCCUAUAUAGUGCACUACUUUUGACCAGAGCCCUAUGGACAGUGCACUAUAUAGGGAAAAGGGUACCAUUUGGGAUAGAACCAAAACAGUUGAGCAGCUCUAUUGUAUAUGUUCUACUGAUAAUCUGUUGCAUUAAUAUGGUCAACCAGGGCCCAUUAGAUUUUCAGUUAUAUGGUCAACCAAGGCCCAUUAGAUGUUCUGUUAUACGGUCAACCAAGGCCCAUAAGAUGUUCAGUUAUAUGGUCAACCAAGGCACAUUAGAUUUUCAGUUAUACGGUCAACCAGGGCACAUUAGAUUUUCAGUUAUACAGUCAACCAGGGCACAUUAGAUUUUCAGUUAUACGGUCAACCAGGGCCCAUUAGAUUUUCAGUUAUAUGGUCAACCAAGGCCCAUUAGAUGUUCAGUUAUAUGGUCAACCAAGGCCCAUUAGAUGUUCAGUUAUAUGGUCAACCAGGGCCCAUUAGAUUUUCAGUUAUACGGUCAACCAAGGCCCAUUAGAUGUUCAGUUAUAUGGUCAACCAGGGCACAUUAGAUUUUCAGUUAUACGGUCAACCAAGGCCCAUUAGAUUUUCAGUUAUAUGGUCAACCAAGGCCCAUUAGAUUUUCAGUUAUAUGGUCAACCAAGGCCCAUUAGAUGUUCAGUUAUAUGGUCAACCAGGGCCCAUUAGAUUUUCAGUUAUACGGUCAACCAAGGCCCAUUAGAUGUUCAGUUAUAUGGUCAACCAGGGCACAUUAGAUUUUCAGUUAUACGGUCAACCAAGGCCCAUUAGAUUUUCAGUUAUAUGGUCAACCAAGGCCCAUUAGAUUUUCAGUUAUAUGGUCAACCAAGGCACAUUAGAUUUUCAGUUAUAUGGUCAACCAAGGCCCAUUAGAUGUUCAGUUAUAUGGUCAACCAAGGCCCAUUAGAUUUUCAGUUAUACGGUCAACCAGGGCACAUUAGAUUUUCAGUUAUACAGUCAACCAGGGCACAUUAGAUUUUCAGUUAUACGGUCAACCAGGGCCCAUUAGAUUUUCAGUUAUAUGGUCAACCAAGGCCCAUUAGAUUUUCAGUUAUACGGUCAACCAAGGCCCAUAAGAUGUUCAGUUAUAUGGUCAACCAGGGCACAUUAGAUUUUCAGUUAUAUGGUCAACCAAGGCCCAUUAGAUGUUCUGUUUAUUAAAUGUUUGAACAACUACAUACUUCAUCUGAUGAAAUGUAUUCAUUACAUUACUCUAUUUUGCAUUUUGAAUAUCUACUGCUCUUAAAAGUUAUGUAUUGAUUUAUUUAAUAAACGUCUUAAAUUGUG